CGACGACUUUAAAGUUUCUUGGGAGAUUUUCAAUUUCGCUUUGCUUCAGUUGACCAGCAAUAGUCCAAUGUUUGGCCGUAUGUACAGUGCAAUCAGGUAUUUAGUCGACACAAUACCCUCGGGCGACUACACUCUGCACAUGCUAAAAGAGGGGGUCCUGCCUUGCUUGGAAUCAUUUAAAGAGGUAUCAAACAAUUUAAGUAUGUUAUUUGGAACCGGGUAUACCCUACGAAUAGACUCUGAGUAUAAUUCACGAAUGAGUUCGUUUCCUCGUAAAUUGUCAUUGUUUCUCACUGGCCAAUACAAAACCACCAUGGAGUCGUUCUUGGAAAAAUAUUGCACGGUAACGGAAACGAGUGUUAUUCCUAGUGGUAGUGAGCAAACCAGUUUGAAUGGUAAAGACAAACCGUCACCGACAGACGUGGCAUAUCAGUUAGGAGAAGAAAUCCAAAAACUUGUGGACGAGGUGUGCGAAAAUUGCUAUUCACAUUUGGGUUUCGUGUACAACAGCGACGAAGGAACGACUUCAUUAGCUAGUCAAUCAAUUCCAUAGAUGUACAGUAUCGUGGGAGCUUUC